AUGGAGUUUCAGGCUUUCCACCAGAGCUGCUCGAGUGCUGCCGCUGCCUGCGACAGUCCCCACGGCGAGGCGAGCAUGAAUGCUCGAGUUAAGAAUCAAAGCCGGCCCGGACCAGCAUCGCCGGACUGCUGCGGCGGCCUAAGGCAGGUGCUGGGGAAGAGCCCCAAGUGCCUGUGCGUGCUCGUCAAGGACAAGGACGACCCAAACCUGGGCAUCAAGAUCAACGCCACCCUCGCGCUCGCGCUACCCAACGCCUGCGGCGCCACCCGCGCCAACGUCUCCCACUGCGCUCAGCUCCUGCAUAUUCCUCCGGGCUCCAAAGACGCCGCCGUCUUCAGCCCCGGCGGCGACAAGGGCUCCACUGCCGCUCCAGGAAUUGCAGCCAAGGACAACUCGACGGCGACGACCGACUCCCGCGCGCUGCAGGCGACCAACGGAGGCGGCGUCUCCUCCCCGGCGUCGGCGACCGCCGGUGCUGCACUGACCGUGCUGCUCGCCGGCUACCUUCUCGUGCUCGUGCCUGAGCUGUCGCCUUGCUCAUUCUAG